CGCCCCCACCGUGUCCCUGGUAUUACACUGCCUCCAGGUGACGCGAACACACCUUUUCGUUGCAGUCUGCUAGCUUGUCUAGGGAUGUGAGGAAGAGUAAUAAAUUUGUAGUAAGUAAAUUUGAUGGGAUAGUCCUUCUGUAUGGUUCCGUUUGUAUACUUGAUCGUGGGAAUGGAAAAAAAUUGCGCAACGAUGAAGUUGGAAAAUGAUUUGUGAUGUUAGGUAGCAUCGCGUUUUCCGAUGUUCUACUGGUCAGAUGCACAGACUCGUCACAUUGAAUUAAGCGUGAAUAUGACUAUACUGUUACUAAUCCUUAGAUGAGAGAGCUGUAUCCCGAACAAAAUUCAGGCAGUUUAUAUGCUCGGUAUCUUGUACAUGGUUUCAAAUUUCAAGUAAAUACUUCCAACGUUUCAAGGCCCGAAUAGCUUCAUACUGCCUUAGGUAAAAAUUAUCACAAACGAUAUCUAGUUUAAACUGCACCCAAGGCAGGUCAAACGCAUUGCCGGGCCUUCCCGUUUUAUCCCUGCCCCUCUCAUUGUCAUAACCCAUCAAAUUUUCGUUUUUUUUAAAAAAAAAUAAAAAUCUCUUACUCCUCUCCAUCUACACAACAAACCUUCAUCAUGACUGACAAUAAUCCCUCUAAUCUGAUUGACCCUUCCAUUUUCGAAUACCUCAAGGCUCACGGCGAAGAGGAGGUCGAGGUCGGCGAGAAGCUUCACCAUAUCACCUCCGCUCUAAAUCGCCACAUUUCGACCUGCCAGGGCUUUCUCAGCCGUAUCCACUCGACACCUAGCUCCAAGCUGCCGCCGCUAUUGAAGCAGGUCGAGAAUGAUGGCAUAAAGCCUGAGAUUGACAGCGUUGGCGAGUUGGCGCAGUUUGCAUCUAAAUAUCCUUACUACAAGUACAAUCAUAGAUGGAGUCGGAGCAUUCAGAAUGUCGUCACUACCAUCUUACUGACCGGAUGGUUGGGCGGUUUAGAGACCGAGUCCCGCCCAGGCGAGCUAGGCCGUCUUCUCACCAUCGAAGAAGUUGGACAGCUUCUGAAAGUGCCCGUCAAUCUCAAGGAUAGAGAUGCAUUUCACGUCACCAUCGAGGAAUACAUCCUGGCCCUGACGGAUAUCACCGAAGAGCUCAGCCGUCUGGCUAUGAACUCGGUAACGAUGGGCGACAUCGAUUUGACCGUCAGGAUCAGCGGCUUCAUCAAGGACUUGUUUGCCGGGUUCCAGCUGCUCAACCUAAAGAAUGACAUCGUUCGAAAGCGAGUCGAUGCCGUCAAGUAUCACGUCAAGAAGGUUGAGGACGUUAUCUAUGAUUUGUCACUUCGAAACUUGAUCCCCCAACCAGAGGCUAGUUCCUGAUCCAACGGUCUAAAAAGGGACUCUUAUGUAAACUUAUUUCCUCUGGACUAUCUGCUGGGUUGGACCGUUUGAUUGCCUCGUCUCCAAAAUUGUCUCCCUCAUAUAAUCCACCCCGAUAGUUGCAAUAAUUACGAUAAGCAUCGUUAUCUGUGCACUAGGUAACCUAGACGUUAGGAAGUACGUAGCAUUUAAUUUAGUACCUAACCUAACGCGCGACUCAAUUGAAGCCAAUUGCACCG